CCUGCACAGCUGUUUUUUUUUCUAACAAUUACAACUUUAAUAAUGUAAAUUUUUGUGAAAUGUUUUUAAAUGGAAUUCGAAUCCACCUUUUACGAAUAGAAAAGAAGAGAAAAUGCGUGCUGCGAAAAUUUUCAUCUAGCAAGGUCCGGAAGAGCAUCUGCACUUAUGAAGUGAAGAGGAACGAACCUCCAUGCGGCGUUUUCGAUUCCUGUCAUGUUGGUGAAAUAGGAAACCAGCCGAAAAUCGUCAUAGUCGGCGCCGGAGUCGCCGGCCUGUCUGCAGCGCAAAGGCUUCUGCAAUGCGGUCUGACCGAUAUCACGAUCGUCGAUGGCUUGAGCCGCCCGGGAGGGAGAAUUCACACGGACAAUUUAGGCGGAUGCUAUAUCGACCUGGGAGCGCAGUGGAUUUACGGUAGCACGAUAGGCAACCCUAUAUUUAACAUCGCUGCGCAGGAAGGGCUCAUUAAGCAGCCUGUUAAACCGAGGGAACCUAAUCGCGGCUUUUUCUACACCUCCGAUGGCAAAGCUAUUGACAGCUUUGUUUACGAAAAAGCCAAGAGGAUCUUCGACAACAUCAGUCAAAAGGCCUUCUUGUACUCCUCAAAGCAGAUCGAAUACAUUAACAUCACGUUCUGGGAUUUCUUCAAAAAGGCGAUAAUGGACCAGAUGAAAAAAUUGACACGUUAUGAGCAGAAUUAUUCACAAAGGGUUAUCUUAGGACUGACGAACGAUCUCAAGUCGAAGUUCGCCGCGGAUUUGAGCGACAUCACUCUUGGGAGUCUGAACCAUAUCCACCAGAUCGUGGGUGGCGAUGUUUGCGUCAAGUCAGGUUUCUCCGGCAUACUUAAACCGUUAAUGGCGAACAUACCGAAAGAAGCUCUCAAGCUUGGCAAGCCCGUUAAAAAGGUCAGAUGGUACACGGGAACAGAUCCAAGGGCGCAAGUCAUUUUGACGGAUGGCACAGUCGUUUCAGGCGAUUACAUCAUACUUACAGUCUCAUUAGGCGUUUUGAAAGAAAACCACUCCCAAUUGUUGAUACCGCCGAUACCGAAGAAAAAAAGCCAGGCGAUAGAAGCUAUAGGGUACGGCCAUGCCAACAAAGUGUUUCUCCAGUACGAGCAGCCGUUCUGGGUGGAAGGAGAAGGCAUCAUCAGACCUGCCUGGUCGCCGGAAGAAAUGAAGGAUAGGACCCAAUGGAUCCAUUCUUUAGGUAUGAUAGAAGAGGCUCCUUGCCCGGGAAACACUUUGAUGCUCGAAAUAGGCGGGACAGAAGCCACGUAUUUAGAAUCGGCGUCGGAUCAGGAGGUCACUGAACAGCUGACUUGUCUGAUGAGAAAUAUAACCGGAAACGUUUCCAUUCCCGCGCCGAAGGCGGUAGUCAAGUCUGCCUGGAGCUACAACCCCCUCUUCAUGGGAGCGAAGAGCUACAUGACCAAAGACACAUUUCCGAAGCACUUCAAAGAUUUGAGCACUCCUCUCCCGGAGAUCGGUACGAACGCGGCUCCGACCCUCUUCUUCGCAGGAGAGGCGACUGUCUACGGAAACCACGGGACGGUGCAUGGAGCGAGACUCAGCGGAAUCCGGGAAGCAGACACGAUAGUCACACUGACGAAACGUUUUUGCGGUCGUCCGCCCAUCACACUCUCAUCGAAAACGUGCGGUCAUUGUAUGUUGUAAUAAAUUGUCUCGUUAUCCAUUAUUCUUA